ACUGAAGUGUUAACACAGUUUUCAUAUCUAGAUUAAGCCUUAAUUUUCUAAAAUCGUUAAAGAGUCUGUGUUAACCAAGUAGAAAUCGUCUGUAAGCUUAGAGCAAGUUUCAGGGUUGUCAUUUAGCUGAUACCUGUACUAGUUUUCAUAUGUUUUACAGGCUUAAACAGGGUCUGCCUGUGUCAUAAUUGUUAAUUAUGUAAUUGCUGAUGCAUGGUAACUUGAACUGUGAGCUUUUGAGUCAUGAAGACUAAUGGCGGAGUACUCUUCACUCCUGACAACAAUGCAGAAGCGGGAAUUUGAGAAACCAUUCCAUUGAGAUGAGUCAGAUACCAGGAAAGGAGUUAAACGGGACAACUGCCCAAAGGCAAGAUCUGGCUCCUUGUACAACCUGUGGAAGACAUUUUGCGCCAGAUGUUCUGCUGAGACACGAUCCAAUAUGCAAGAAGGUCUUCAACAAGAAGCGCAAGCCCUUCAGCUCUUUGAACAGACUGCGGGGAACAGAAAUCACCACUGUGAAGCAGCAGCCCCCGCAAAAGAAACAGCCAGAGAAGAAAUCUAACUGGAGGCAGCACCAUGAGGAUUUUAUCAAUACUGUUCCAUCAGCCAAGCAGGUCACAAAAGCUCUGAAGGAGGGCUGCCCUCUUCCGCCUCCUCCCCCACCAAGCAUCAAUCCAGACUAUAUUCAGUGUCCACACUGCUCACGAAGAUUUAAUGAGGCUGCAGCACAGAGGCGCAUGAAGUUUUGUGAGGAACAAGCUGCCCACCGUGCCUUUGCUGCAAAGACCACCAGACAGGCUUUGUGUGGAUUGCGCAUCUUCUUUUACUAUGGCAAGCACCCAGUGACUCAGAGAAAACCCCCAACCUUAACAACUGCUGUGUCAUCCCUUCCAAAGCGAGUACCAGAAGGUGCCAAUACAGUCAAACCUGGGCCAGAGAACUCUCCAGGAAUAGUGCAGAAAACCAGAAAAACUUUGGGUGUAUCACCUGGAAAAAAAUCUUCCAGAGAGUUUGGUGAGGAAGAUGCCAGCAUCCAUUUCCAUAAUCACUGUCAGGAUGGCGGUGUGGAGGUUCUUCCUUCUCCUCAAUAUUUACUUUCCCAGGCCACGAUGUUUGGUGCUUCUGCUCUUCAGAUCAUGCAAUCAGUUGUUCCCUUCUCUGGCUACGCAGAGUCAUGUCAGAGCAGCAAGGCCUUCCGGCUCUUGCUUAAGGUGGCUGUAGUGCUGCUGUACAAGGAGAUGGCUCACAUGAUCAGCAUCUUGCACCACUGUCAGAUGCAUACCACUGCAGAAAAUGAGAUCCUGGCAGGAAAUGUGGCCAAGAUGGAUUCCCUGUAG